CGCGUGGCGCCUUGGCUGCGCUCCAAGCUGCGGCACGCAGAGCAGCACAAGCUGUACAAGUGCGCCUGGUCAGCACACGAGGAAGCAUUGAAGAUGUGUAGUCAGCACAAUCUGCAUCAGACUGCCUACUUUCUGUCACGCGAUCUAGCGUUCAUGAAGGAGCGUGAGCCAGUGCUGUUAAAAGAGCUGAAGAAUGCUAAGACGCCCACACGUAGUUUCCAAUGGGCGUGUCGUAUCUGGUCGCCACAAGCGUGGAUCAUCAGACGCAACUUUCAGGGGCAAUCUGAUGUGAUUCCCACAGUCAUCAGUCAGCAGGCUACAUCGAUAGUCACGCCACGUUCAGAUCCUAGCCAACCGGUAUUUCUGGUUGAGAAGGAAAUGAUACGCACCACCAGCUCGCGUUGGCCCUUUUGGCGUUUGUUGAAUCUGUUGCAACGCACCUGGUGCUGGACUUGGAACAUGAUGUUUCUGCUCGGUAUUCUUGUGCCCUGGUGUAGUCCGCUUGGAUUGCGCGCACUCUUCUGUAUUAAACCCUUCAUGCCCGACCUGGAACUGUCUCAAAUCAAUGGUACCCUAUUUCCGCGCAAAACUAGUAUUACACAGACUUUGGCUUCGCGGCUAAUCGAACUCUGGCGGCACAUAUCAAAAUCACGCACUCACUUCGAAACGGAACCUGACACAGGUUUUAUGGGCAAGGGCUUGACACGCAAUUUGAACCGCACUUGGAAUUACUUUGUGACAGGAUUUCUGGGCACCGUUGUAAUUUUGUUCGCAUUCCCGCUAAUUUGCCUAGCGACCUGUUUGCUCAGCAUUGGGUUGGCAUUAAGUGCACCUCUGUGGAUUCCAGUGUUUUGUUGUGUUGUGCACAUUUAUAUGAUAUUAGUUUAUGACCUUGAUGCACCGGACAACACUAGGAAUCGUUACUGUAUUCUAUUGGAGGUACUCUUAUGGAACUUUCUCAUUCAGGGCCUGCUGCAGCCGCUAGUGGAUUUGGUGGCUACGUUGCUCUGCCCACUAGCGGCAGGUCUUGUUUUUUCAGUUGGUGUUGUGCGUUAUACGCUGCGUCUGCUCUGGGAUUCCGUGACGUUUCAUUUGUAUAAGAAAUGCGGAAGGGUGCCCGCUUCGGAUAGCAUUGCUGUAAAGCGAAUUGCAGGACCCGGCUUGGCCUUGGACUAUUACUUUAUCAUAAGACCAGAACAGGCGUUGGCAGCAUUGGAGGCUAAAAUGGAGCUGGACGAGCUGCAGGCAUAUCAGCAUGCUACCGAACGUGUGGUAUUGCAGCCACAGCAGGAUUUUCUGCAAUUUGUCGAAGCCUGUUUUUGGCCUUUUUCCGCUCAAUUGUCAAAAACGGGUCCAUAUUUAGCGCUUGAUCGCGAAGCACAAGACUUGAUGAGCUCGUUGCAUGAAAAACUGGAGAAACGCCGCAGGGAGCUGCAAACCAGUCUAACCACCCAGGUUAAGUCGCGGAUUAAGCUGAACACCAAAGAAUUGAAGAUCGUUAUACAACUGGCCGCCCAUUUACUCGAAAAAUACUAUCCGUCUCAUGUGGUUGGCAGGCUAUCGAUUAGCGAAGAAGAAUUUUGGGAUAACAAGGGUCUCUCGGUUAACGAUUGGCCGGGUCUCGCGGGUCUCAUAUAUACGGAAAUAUUUAGUUUAGAUUUUCUAACGCCAUUGACUGAAAACGAUACGCAUUUUAAAUUAGAACCACAUGCCUCGCUUGACUUAAUGCGCUAUACGGAGAUGGUAAAGAAUGCCAACGAUGUGAUCGGUUCCAAAGGGCUAGAUUUAUUAGGCAAUGUGUAUGCGCCUCGCGGCAAUGUCCAGGUGCAUUUACCAUUCCUCGAAGUGACCGCAUUUAAUCCACGUUCACGCAUCACGUUGACUUUCCGCAAGCCGAGAAGCGGUAAGUGUUUUUCCGUCAAGGAGACCUAAUGUAUUAACGGGUUUGUUUAAAUGUUAUAGCGACAUGUCCGUGGUCUAACGACGCCACGAGUACGCGCGCAUCGCGCUCAGCACGUGCCGAAAGCAACGCCAGAUGCCCAAAGGCCUUGGCGUCCAUGGAAACAAAGCGGGGAGCGAAGCGUGACGGAGAAAUUGUUGAUACCGCUGCCAGUGCCUCAUCCCGUACACAUUGCCAUAGCCAUUUAUAAUCGCGAUACAGAGCAACCCAUACCGUUGGACUCCGAGCUCGUCUGGGAAAUACUGAAAUCUAUUGAAGACUGCCAGAGCGGCGAUGCAAUGGCUGUACAUUCGGUAGCGCGCUAUCAUGGAGCCGUCCUAGAGUCUAGCAAUGAUUCGCUUGCCAGCAGCAGUAGCAUUGGCAGCACGCGCGAAUCUGGCUCCGGUUCCGUGUCUGGUUCUGCAUUGGGCAACGGCACUGAGACUUUGCCUUGUGGAAAUCGUGAGGUUUGCACACAGGUCAAAGUUGAUGCCGCGCCUACACCUAACGCAUCUGGCUUUCAUUGGACCCUUAGCAAUUGGGGUGCCGCGCAGACGGCGCGUAGACGCACCAAUUCCAACGUGCGCGUCGAUUUAGCCAGUCCCGAGGAUAUAUCACUGGACACAGAUAGCUCGCGAGCUGUGUUUAAUAAUGCAUAUGGCACUACAGUCUAACAGGUUCAUGUUAAUUUG